GAGAAGCCAUUUCGUUCUUGUAGUGGUGUAGUACCUUCAACCUUAUAGGAGUGCAUUGGUCAUGUUGCCGCCACCGUCCGUCACGAGGUAGUAGUGUAGAUUGAUGCGGCACCGUCAACUUGGGCCUGGGUGGCUCAAAGAUGACAUCGGAUGGGCCCAUUUACCGGAGCUUCCCGCCAUCGUUAUUAGUAAACAUAGAUCACUUAACCUUCUCCAACCUCAUCUCAUUUCUCGCCUCCCAAUCCCCACCUCAGUUCCCAUCAGUAUGUCGUCAUCGCCGGCCGCCCAAACUGUAAUCGAGCACAUCGUCCUCUUCAAGCUCAAAGACAACGCCGACCCCUCCAAAGUCAACGCUUGGGUCGACGGUCUCAACGCCCUGAGCUCGCUGGACCUGACUCUCCACCUCACCGCCGGCCCCCUUUUCCGCAUUCGAUCCUCCCCCUUCGCCUUCACCCACCUCCUCCACAGCCGCUACAAGACCAAGGACGACCUCGCCGCCUAUUCCGUCCACCCGGCUCACAUCAGCGUCGUUAAAGACUUGGGCCACCCGGUUUGCGACGACGUCAUGGCCGUUGACUGGGUGGCGGAUGGGCUGACGGGCCCGGUAGGCCUGUCACCCGGGUCGGCGAUCCGGGUCACGGUUUUGAAGUUGAAGGAGGAAUUGGAGGAGGCGGCAAAAGGUGAGGUGUUGGAGGUGAUUGAAGGUGUUAAGGGCAAGUCCGGAGAGAAGGUUCAGGUUACCGUCGGAGAGAACUUCUCGCCGGGGAGGGCAAGAGGGUAUUCGAUCGCGUCGGCGGUUGUUUUUAAGGGACUGAAGGAGAUGGAGGAGGUGGACUCGGAGGAGGAGCUGGCAAAGCUGGAGAAGGACAAGGUUAGGGAGUAUUUGGACAGCAUGAUCGUUGUUGAUUAUGUGGUUUCGCCACCAUAAUGUGCAACUGGAUGUACAUAUGUUAUCGGAAAUAAGGUUGUAAUGUAAUGUACUGAAUUCGAGUUUGAGAUUUUGUUUUGGGUGUUGCAAAUUUAUCAGGGUCCUCUUCGAAAAGUUGUCAACUAUAUAUGAACUAUCACAGUAUCACUUUAUGUGGAUUUUCAUUUGCAUUACUGGCCACUAUGCUUAUGCAUCAUCUCCUGGAUUAACUUGAAGGAAGGGUUUAGCUUGAGCUGUUUCCUGAAAGAAGAAAGUAUCAACAUUACAGAAAAGGCCUGAAAUUCAGAAGCUACAACAAGAGAUCAGAGCUAACUUUUUAUGGAAAGAUAGAGGACAUCCUAAUGUUCCAAAUUCAAUACCUAAUUGUUCCAACCACAAUUCAGU